GAGACCUCUGAUAGGUGGUUGUGUGAUUUUUUUUUAAUAAGGGUAUUUUUGUUGUUUAGGUACAAAAUGGGUUCUAACGACUUAAAUAUUGAGCGGUGGUUAGAAGAAAAUCUAUCACAUGAAGAAAACAUACCAAACGAUGAAUGUAGCGGACGUGGAUUGUGAAGUAGACUUGAAUCAUGUUUAGUUAUGGUCUUCCGUACCUCCUUCCCUUCGAUCGCGAACGUUACAUCAUAAUAUUGUGCAAGAACCACUUGGUGUAAGGUCAACAUAUCUCUCCGCUAGAUAUUUGGCAAAACUUGAUUACAGAUGAAAUGCUUGAAAAAAUUGUUGUAAACACUAACGUGAAGAUAAAUGAUAUAAGGCCGAACUAUCAAAAUAAAACCUAUGUUCAUGGAUUUAGACCUCAUUGAAUUGAAGGCAUUUAUUGAAUUCCUGUUUUAUACGACAAUCUUAAAAGAAAGAAAACCACGAGGACUACACGUCAUGGUAUUGUACAAACGGCACUAUAAGUCGUAUUUUUAAUUAGACGAAGCCAACUGACAGUAGCUAAUGUCACUUUGUAAAAUAAUGUUGCCAUAUUUAAAGUAAUAGUGAUGCGUUCAGUUCUCGUUCAAUCAGAUGAAUGAACAAUGAGUGUGUAUAGUUAAUCAUUUCAAACUAUAAAAGAAUAUUAUUUCUAUUUUACAAUAAAAUUGUAUAAAAGUGCUCUGAUAUAAGUUACUAGUAGUAUGUAACUACAAUCAGUUUUUUUGAGGUUUUAUUACAAAGCGCGGCGCGGCGACUACUGCCAACACCGAUCAACGCCGCGCGCGUCGGUCGCCAUUUUGUUUGUUAUUCGGCUUCUAACCUCUGGUCUGAUAGCACGAAUGUUUUUUCUGCGCUCACGCUGUUUAGUUAUUGUUUUUGUUAAGUUUUUCGUUACGUUGUGUUUGUGGUAAUUGUUGUGUUUAUUUGUUGCUAUAUUGUUUCGUACAAAUGAUAUGGAUCCUCAACCAAGCACGUCAAGCCAAAGCUUGUCUCCAAGAAAGAAGAGACCACGGAUUGCUUUAAGCGUUACCGAAAAACUUAUGAUACAAAACGUCUACAAACACGUAUUUGAGGAAAAAGCUGCUUCACUAUUACCUAUUGAGGCCCCCGAAAAAAAAGAAUGUGUUUCGAAAACAGCUGACAUUUUGGGAAUUGGUGUGACCUCAGUUUACAGUGUGUUAAAAGAAUGCAAAGAAAAUGAACAAUUUAAGUCUCCCGAGAAACGUGGACCGAAACACAGUUUCAAAGAUAAAUUAGACGAUUUUACUUUUGCCGCUAUAAGGCGAAAAGUACAUAAUUUUUUUUAUGCAAAUGAGUCACCCACCAUUAUAAAGGUAACUUAAACUUUAUUCCUUCUACUGCAUUAUAUUCUGUGUCCACCAUAAUGUUAUUUGUAAAACCAAAGUAUUAGAUUGCGUAGACUUCCUUACUCAAAACAUAUUUUUAUUACUUUACAGAUUCUUAAGGUUGUCAAUGAAGACCCAGACUUACCCAAUUUUUCUUGGAGUACAUUAAGAAAUGUUAUGAAACAUUUAAAUUUCAAAUAUGUCACAAAAUCAAGACACAGCAUUUUAAUUGACAGACAGGACAUUAUUCUAUGGCGCCAGCGAUACCUUCGAAAAAUUAAAGAGUAUCGAAGGGAAGGAAGGUAUAUUUAUUACCAAGAUGAAACCUGGAUCAACGAAGGUAAUUACAAUUUUCUGUUUUCUUUACAUUAAAUUGUACUUUCAAUAAUUAAUUGAUAUUUUUCACUAUCUUGAAGGUCAUGCACCGAAGAAGGCAUGGAUUGACCAGACAGUGUUAUCGUCCCGCCAGGCCUUCCUAGAUGGCUUGACCACUGGCUUAAAACAGCCUUCAGGAAAGGGCAAACGAUUAAUUAUCGGCCAUAUAGGCGGGGAAGAAGGAUUCGUAGAAGACAGCUUAUUAAUAUUUGAAGCCAAAAAAAAUAAAGAAGAUUAUCAUCAAGAGAUGAAUGCCGAUUCCUUUGAGAAGUGGUUUAGGGGGGUCUUGCCAAAACUAAAACCAAAUUCCGUAGUAGUGAUGGAUAAUGCCCCCUACCACUCCAGGAAACUAGAAUCGCUGCCUAAAAUGUCUUGGACUAAACCUAGAAUACUAGAGUGGCUAACGAGCAAAAAUAUUUCAUUCGAAGCAACAAUGGUUAAAGCUACUCUUAUAGACAUUGUACGGCAGCACAAGCAAGAACAUUGCGAUAAGUAUGUUGUGGACGAGAUGGCAGCGCAGCAUGGGAUAAUUGUUUUACGUCUGCCCCCAUACCACUGUGAGCUCAAUCCCAUUGAGUUGGUAUGGGCGCAGGCUAAAGGAUAUGUUGCAAGAAAUAACAAAACCUUCAAAAUGACAGAAGUAAAAAAACUUUUUGAAGAAGGACUUCAACAUAUCACACCUGAAAAAUGGAAUAGCUGCGUGUCUCAUAUAAUUAAAAAAGAAGACAAAAUGUAUGGUCUCGACCACAUGAUUGACAAUGUUACUGACAGAUUUUUAAUUAAUGUCACCGAAAGCGAUAGUGAUGAUUUUUUAUCUGAUAAUGAAUAAAAACAAAUUAUGUAAUAAGCGAUUUUUUUUAUUCUCAUUACCUACCUAUAAUUGUUAUAUUUUAUACAUCUAUAGUUUCAACUACAUGAUGUAUUGAAAAUAGGACAGUCUUACAAGUUUCCUCGCAAUAUUUUCCUUAAUGUUUAAAACACACGUCGAAAACUCGUUGGUAUGUACAAAGCACGACUAAAAUUCGAACCCCGUACCCGAUAUCGGCAGUUCAGCACACUAACUAUUCACUAGACAAUCGAGGCAAUUUCAUUAAUUCAGGAGUUUUUCAAUCAUUCACUUUGUCACAACACUAUUUUUAUUUCAUCAAAAACUGACAACACAGUAAACGUCAGUUGACUUCGUCUAAUUAAAAAUACGACUAUAGUCGGGAAAUUUACCGCUGCAUUAGGAGUAAAAAUAUGCUCAAAGUAUUACUAAAUUCAAUACGUUUUGACGACGCAGCGACCAGACAGGCCCGACGUGAAGUUGAUGCAGCUGCACCUAUAACUGAUCUCUUUGAUUCUUUUAUUUUCCGUUGCCAGGCUAUUUAUGUAAUCGGCAGUUACACAUGUAUUGAUGAGAUGUUGGUUGCGUUCCGGGGACGAUGCUGGUUUAAAGUAUUCAUGCCAAAGAAGCCAGCUAAGUACGGGAUAAAAAUUCAAUGUCUUACAGAUGCAAGAUCCGGCUACUUACUCAAUGCCUAUUUAUACAAAGGCAAAGAUUCUGAUGGACUUAACUUACCAGCUGAAUGUCAGCAUUCAAAGAAACCAACUAAAGUGGUUAUGCAUCUCAUUCCUCCAAUUGCGGGUUCCAACAGUAAAUGUCACAACUGAUAAUUGGUACACAUUGGUGCUCUUAGACUCACUAAAAAGAAACAGUUGACGGGCGCGGGCACACUUCAACGAGAAACAAAAUCAAAGAGAAAUCCCUCCAGAAUUUUUGCCUUCUCGCCACAGAAACAUUGAUUCCACACUUUUUGGAUUUACAAAAGAUUUUACUAUUUCAUCGUAUGUUCCAAAACAAAAUAAAGCAGUAAUUACAAUUUCAAGUAUACACCACACGCCAGAUAUUGAUGAAUCUACUCAAAAGCCAGAAAUUAUACUUUUCUACAACACUACGAAAUACGGAGUGGAUCUUCUAGACCAGAGACUUUCGAAUUAUUCUACUGCAUGUCGAACUCGCAGAUGGCCCUUGGCAGUAUUUUAUUAACUUCUUGCCAUUCAGCUUCAAACUGUUACGUCGUGAACUUAUCAGUCCAACCCGAAGAACUGAAGAUUGAAAGCAGAUUAAAGUUUAUGAUGAAACUAGCUGAACAACUAACGAGACCGCAUAUGAACCGUCGUGUCAAUAAUAUGAAACUGCAACGUUAUUAUUUAGUAAUUAGAAAAGAGCAUUAAAAGUUUCCUAUAAAAUGUGAUUAUUUUUGGAGAUCUCAUAUACCAAAUAUGUUAGUUUAUAUGCAAGUAAGAGAUGUUGAUUGAUUAUGGAAGACAUUUUUUAUAAUUUAAGUAUUUUCUGUGCUGUUCAUGUUGUAAUAAAGAAUUUAAGAAAUAU